AUGAAUGGUACCCCAGGCUUCAUCAUAACACGCAUCAGCAGAGAAAGAAAAUCAGUAACUCUCAGAUCCACCACUGAAGAAACAACAGAAGCGGACUCCUCGACAACGGAGACAUCAUCAAGCUUCACAAACACGGAAACCAGCACCACCGGUUCAGGGUCUAGUGUGACCACAACCACGGAGUCUACCACCGAGUCCACCACGGAAAGCGCCACAUCUACAACCAUAACAGAUGCACAGACGUCAUCGACUACUGAGUCGACCGCACAAACGACUGAAUCUAGCACAUUAACUCCUACAACAAAUGAUUGGGUUGAGACAACCACCACGUCAGAGUCCUCGUCUGCUUAUCAAACAACCUCUAUACCAACAGAAACACAUACCUCAACAUAUUCAACAUCAACCACAACACCUACACCUUAUUCAACAGAAAACAGCCCCUCAACAUUAAGCACAACACCUACACCUAAUUCAACAGAAAACAACCCCUCAACAUUAACCACAACACCUACACCUAAUUCAACAGAAAACAACCCCUCAACAUCAAAUUAUAUUUCAUCCACGUCCACAGAAAUGACGUCACAAACAUCGUCAUCAGAAUAUACAGCAUCGUCUACUGCAUUACCAUUGGCCGACUACUCAUCUACAAAUGCAUAUUCCACGUCCGAUAACUCACAUACUUAUACAACAACUCAAUCAGAUCAUACAUCUCAGCCGGAUUAUACAACAACUCAGUCAGAUUUCACAACUCAUUCAGGUUAUACAACAGCUCAAUCGGAUUACACAACAACUCAUUCAGGUUAUGCAACAGCUCAAUCGGAUUACACAACGACAACUGCUAAAGAUAUAACAUCGUUUAGUACACCAACCGAAUCCACUACAACAGAUACACUUCACAUGACGUCAGAUAAUUCAACACCGGUACCCACAACUGAAUCUACUACAAUUCACAUGACGUCAGAUAAUUCAACACCGGUACCCACAACUGAAUCUACUACAAUUCACAUGACGUCAGAUAAUUCAACACCGGUACCCACAACUGAAUCUACUACAAUUCACAUGACGUCAGAUAAUUCAACACCGGUACCCACAACUGAAUCUACUACAAUUCACAUGACGUCAGAUAAUUCAACACCGGCACCCACAACUGUAGUAUAUACAUCGGUGUCAACACACUAUUCAACAACUUCGACAGGAUAUGAAUCAUCUUCAACAGAGUUUAACAGUGUGACAGAGCAUUUGUCAACAUCGCCAUCCUUCGAGAUUUCAUCAGAACACACAUCAAAUGUGAACGAAAUCACCACAACCUCGCCAUAUCCCAUUUCAACGAAUGCUGCUUCCUCAAUUACAACAUAUUCUACCGCGACAAAUUCAGAAACUACGUUGUCAGCAAGUUAUCCACAAUCAACACUGACCGAAUCACCAUCGACCUCACCACAACCCACAACUAUGGCUUCUGAGGGAACGCCGGACACCAGUACAUUAUCUCCAGGUACUGUGAUGAUUUCUACAGGAGAAAUAUUACAGAGCACUUCAUCAGCUAGUAGCGUAACAGAAAUUUCAUCCGUAGAAGGAAGUUCGUCAGAUGGCCCCGCUUUGUCUACUACCACUUUGUCUGUUAGUGCAUCCACGGAUAAUUAUGAAUCACAGAAUUCGUCUAUAAGUCAAACAAGCAUGGGGAGUGUAGUGUUAAGCACAGCAACAACGACAAGCGGCAUGAUAUCCACUGACACAACUACACAGGGACCCAACGUGAGUGGACAGACAUCAACACCAUCAGAAAGCUCAUCAACAACACUGAAUGUUCUGUUAACGACUUCAAAUAGCGUAUCAACAUCACAAUCUACCAAUAGUGAACAGACAACUGAUAACUUGAUGACUUCUUCAACAAUACCAGCAUCAUCAGCGCAUGUCACAGUAGAACCAACAACGGGAUACGGACAAACACCGGAUCAUUCCGCUCACACAACAUCAGUAAUAACUGAAACAACUUAUGUUGCGUCAACAAGCCAUUCUACAGAACUACAUAAAGAAUCAACCACACAACAAUAUACAGAAUCAAUCACACAACCACGUACAGGAUCAACAACACAAUCACAUACAGAAUCAACACAACUACAUACAGAAUCAACCACACAAUCACAUACAGGAUCAACAACACAACCACAUACAGGAUCAACCACACAACCAUAUACAGAAUCAACCACACAACAAUAUACAGAAUCAAUCACACAACCACGUACAGGAUCAACAACACAAUCACAUACAGAAUCAACACAACUACAUACAGAAUCAACCACACAACCAUAUACAGAAUCAACCACACAAUCACAUACAGGAUCAACAACACAACCACAUACAGGAUCAACCACACAACCAUAUACAGAAUCAACCACACAACCACAUACAGAAUCAACACAAUCACAGACAGAAUCAACACAAUCACAGACAGAAUCUACCACACAACCACAUACCAGAUCAACAACACAACCAUAUACAGAAUCAACACAACCACAUACAGAAUCAACAACACAAUCACAGACAGAAUCUACCACACAACCACAUACAGUAUCAACAACACAACCACAUACAGGAUCAACCACACAACCAUAUACAGAAUCAACCACACAGCCACAUACAGAAUCAACACAACCACAUACAGUUUCAACAACACAACUUUAUACAGAAUCAACAACACAACCUAAUACCGGAUCUACCACACAAUCACAUACAGAAUCAACACAACCACAUACAGAAUCAACACAAUCACAGACAGAAUCUACCACACAACCACAUACAGGAUCAACCACACAACCACAUACAGAAUCAACACAACUACAUACAGAAUCAACACAAUCACAGACAGAAUCUACCACACAACCACAUACAGGAUCAACCACACAACCACAUACAGAAUCAACAACACAACCACGUACAGAAUCAACACAACCACAUAUCGGAUCUACCACACAACCACAUACAGUAUCAACAGCACAAUCACAUACCGGAUCAACCACACAACCACAGAUAGGAUCAACAACACAAUCCAAAAUAGAAUCAUCAACAGGACCGCAUACAGAACCAACAACACAACUACAUACAGAAUCAACCACACAACCACACAUCGGAUCUACCACACAACCACAUACAGAAUCAACAACACAACCACAUACAGUAUCAACACAACCACACAGAGUAUCAACAACACAACCAUAUAUAGUAUCAACAACACAACCGCAUACCGGAUCUACCACACAACCACAAACAGAAUCUACCACACAACCACAUACAGUAUCAACAGCACAAUCACAUACAGGAUCAACAACACAACCACAUACAGAAUCAACCACACAGUCACACACAGAAUCAACAACACAGCCACAUACAGAAUCAACCACUCAAUCACACACAGAAUCAACCACACAGCUGCAUACAGAAUCAACAACACAACCACAUACCGGAUCUACCACACAACCACAAACAGAAUCUACCACACAACCACAUACAGUAUCAACAGCACAAUCACAUACAGGAUCAACAACACAACCACAUACAGAAUCAACCACACAAUCACAAACAGAAUUAACAACACAACGACAUACAGAAUCAACCACAGAAUCAGUUACAGAAUCAACAACACAACCACAUACAGGAUCAACAACACAACCACAUACAGAAUCAACCACACAACCACAUGCAGAAUCAACCACACAGCUACAUAAAGAAUCAACCACUCAAUCACACACAGAAUCAACCACACACCCAUACAUAGGAUCAACAACACAAUCACAAACAGAAUCAACCACACAACCACAUACAGAAUCAACACAACCACAUACAGAAUCAACAACACAAUCACAUACAGAAUCAACACAACCCCAUACAGAAUCAACCACACAAUCACAUACAGAAUCAACACAACCCCAUACAGAAUCAACAACACAAUCACAUACAGGAUCAACAACACAACCAUAUACAGAAACAACACAACCACAUACAGAAUCAACCACAGAACCACAUACAGGAUCAACUACACAACCAUAUACAGAAUCAACAACACAAUCACACACAGAAUCAACCACACAAUCACAUACAGGAUCAACCACACAAUCACAUAAAGAAUCAACAACACAACCAAAUACAGAAUCAACCACACAAUCACAUACAGGAUCAACUACACAAUCACAUCCAGAAUCAACCACACAGCCACAUACAAUAUCAACCACACAAUCACAUACAGGAUCAACCACACAAUCACAUACAGGAUCAACAACACAGUCACAUACAGAAUCAACAACACAGCCACAUACAAUAUCAACCACACAACCACAUACAGAAUCAACAACACAGUCACAUACAGAAUCACCCUCCAAUACAACACAAUCUGUAGAUACACCAUCUAGCCCAAGCGACGUCAGCUACUCAGGGUCGGUCUGA